AUGCUGAAGGAGCUAAUGGGGUCGGCUCUAGGAAAAGACCCGCAAUUACUUGUUGCUCGUGCAGCCAAGGACAACCAGGGCCACGAGGAGACCCGGGCCAAGAUGGGCAGCCAGGGAAUCAGAGGGGCUGUCGGGAGCCGCGGUGACGAUGGAAGCACUGGGCUUAUGGGGCCGCAGGGUCCGAAGGGUGAUUCGGGGAUGCCGGGCGGAUGCGGGCAUUGUCAGGAGAAAAAGCCCGAGAAGCCGGCGGCAGACAUUCAACCGGCUGGUUAUGAUUAUGGAGUUGCGGCGGCUCCACCAAGCCGAGCACCACCCGCCCCGAAACAAAAGAAGCAUCGCGGCCAUCACCCACGGGCACGGAAUUGCACAGCUCUACCACUCUCCCAUCGGCAGCGAAGGAUACUACGCAGAUUGCGGCGGUUGUUGUGCGGGCGACGCUUGCCGCAGACGUGGAAUACUGUACUUUGUCUUUUGUCAAUCCACAUGUACCUCACCGUACCCGUCAUUUUUGCUGCCGGAAUUAUUGAAUGCGAGCUGAAGGGGUUGUUUCGACCUUUUAAAGAAUUGCAAGAGCGCGGCAUUUUGCUGGGCGAAAUCGACGAGGACGUGUUUGAUGUGUUCUAUGCAAAUGAGGACGCCGAAUUGGAC